AUGACUCCGACCAAAGCAGAGACUUUUCCCUGGUGGAGAUCCGGUGGAGGCGUCCGAGUGCAUAAAGUUAAAUCUCUCACCCAAAUGCUCAUGAACAGGCGAGUUGACGGCCCCGAACUUCAGAGACAGUCGUCACUGCUUGCCUUCCAUGACGUUGCAUAUCCAAGCCCUAUAGUCGCAAUACCCCUUCAUCGACGUCCUAUUCGUCCUUCAACCUGCUGUCAGCAUGCAAAGUUCGGCACCCGAAAACCCCUCAGUUGUGUUCUGGUCUUAUCUGCAAGCCUCUCGAAAGAGGGUUGA